GAUCGGAUCCCCGACCCCCUCUCCUUUCGGUAUCUGCGAGUGCAUGAGGAGGACAGACACGAGGGGUCGGCGGGACGCCUCCGGAUGAUUUUUCUGGACGGUAUGUCAGCCGUGUAACUUAAUCGUACAGGGAGCAGGGCAGCCGCCGCAGCUGCUGUCAGGACGCGCAACAGUUCUGUGCGCAAAAGCCCUUUGGCUCGAGUCGGGGCUCCUAGGUGGUGGGGGGGGUCUGGAUCGUGUGCCAGCUCAGAACUGAAUGAACCUGCUGCUGCCACCACCUGCGGGAUCUCGGUAUCAUGAUGAGACAGGAGUUCCUCUGCAGACGGCAGCCACACCAUGAGGCACCAGGCCUGGACUGAGAGACGGGAGAAAUUGCCCUUCAUCAUUCUCAACCAGGUUGGACAGCAGAAAAAAAUGUACAGAGCCUCAGAGGCAUCAGCGCAUGCCACAGUAGCAUCGGCCUAAUGCACACAUCUAGGAGCAUAGCGAGGAGCAAAUGGGGGAGGCGGUAGAUGACUGAAAGAGGAGUCAUAUCUCAUAUUGCAAAAUUCGAAAUGGAUAACUGGACUUCGCCUCACUCAGAGGCAGUGACGUCCUUGUUUGCUCAUUGUCUUCCGUUAAAACCUCCUUAUUAGAAGACACAAGUGAGUUCAUCGCCCCGGUGAGGCUACAGAGCUGAGGGGCAGAAAGGGAAGUCAGGACAAGAGAGACAGAGCAGAUCAUAGAGACUGUGACAGGCCCCCAUGCAGGCGCGUAAGAAAUAUGUUCUGCUGGGCUUGUGCGCGUGCUGCUGGCUGAUCCUCUUUUACUGGGGUGGAGGAGUUCAGCUACGUUUGCUCCGGCUGCUGACACGCCAGCGGGGUGAUGUGGUGCGACUUUGGCCCAACUGGACUGACCGGGCCUUCCUGCCCCGCUACGCCCACUUGGAUGAGCUCCAAACAGACCCUGGAAUGGCCGAGUCACCGCGCCAACGGCAACAGGCAUGGUCUGCCAUUUACAAAGACAGUCGCUGCCGCAUGGAGACAUGUUUUGACUUCUCUCGCUGCCGCCGCAGAGGAAGGGAAGGGUUCAGGGUGUACAUAUACCCCUCAGAGAAAAAUGACCAUGUGUCGGAAAGCUACAGGAAGAUCCUGACUUCGAUAAGCGACUCGCGAUACUACACAUCAGACCCUCGUGAAGCGUGUCUGUUUGUUCUAGGGAUAGACACCCUGGACAGGGACCAGCUAUCGGGACAGUUUGUGCACAAUGUGGAUGACCGUAUUCGUGGUUACCCGCUUUGGAAUGAUGGACGGAACCACCUGAUCUUUAACUUGUACUCAGGCACCUGGCCCAACUACACAGAGGACCUUGGCUUUAACAUUGGCCAGGCAAUCUUGGCCAAAGCCAGCCUCAACACAGAACAUUUCAGGCCAGGCUUUGAUGUUUCCAUACCUCUGUUCUCAAAAGACCACCCUCAGAAGGGAGGGGAGCGAGGCUGGCUAGUACGCAACACUGUCCCACCGCGAAGGAAGUAUCUGCUGAUGUUCAAAGGGAAGCGUUAUCUAACAGGCAUUGGCUCCGACACCAGAAAUGCACUUCACCAUAUUCACAACGGGAAGGACAUUGUUUCACUGACGACGUGUCGCCACGGAAAGGACUGGGAGAAGCACAAGGAUGCUCGCUGUGACCAUGACAACUUGGAAUAUGAGAGGUUUGACUACCAGGAGCUCCUCCAUAACUCCACCUUCUGUUUGGUACCUCGAGGACGACGCCUUGGCUCCUUCCGCUUCCUGGAGUCACUACAGGCGGCGUGUAUACCGGUUUUGCUGAGUAACGGCUGGGAGCUGCCCUUCUCCGAUGUGAUACAGUGGAAUCAGGCGGUCAUUGAAGGAGAUGAGCGAUUACUGCUGCAGGUGCCGUCCACAGUGAGGGCCGUCGGGAACGAGCGCGUGUUGGCCCUCAGACUGAGGACGCAGAUGUUGUGGGAUGCCUACUUCUCCUCGGUGGACAAGAUAGUCCUCACCACGCUGGAGAUUAUUAAGGAUCGCGUGUUUUCUCACAUUUCGAGGAACAAGUACAUGUGGAACACCAUGCCCGGAGGUCUGCUCGUCCUCCCGGAAUACUCCACCCAUCUUGCACAUUUCCCGUUCUACUACCUGGGAUUAGGGCUCAGUACAGGUCAGGAGUUCACCGCUGUCAUCCACGCAAUCUCACCACUGGUGUCUCAGUCUCAGCCAAUCAUGAAGCUGCUCCAGGUGGUCUCCAAGUCAAAGUACUGCUCGCAGAUCAUCAUUCUGUGGAACAGCGAGAAGCCAGCACCUCAUCGGAGCAAGUGGCCCCUGAUGCCUGUCCCACUCACUGUGACAGACGGCAAGAGGAAGACCACCAGUCGGUUCCUGCCUCACGUUGCCAUAGAGACGGAAGCAGUGCUGAGUCUGGAUGAGGACACAGUCCUGCUGACCAGUGAGGUGAACUUCGCCUUCCUGGUGUGGCGUAGCUUCCCUGAGCGAAUUGUGGGCUAUCCUCCCAGAAGUCAUUUCUGGGAUCCCCUCAAGCACGCCUGGGGCUACACCUCCAAAUGGACCAACGACUACUCCAUCGUCUUGACUGGAGCUGCCUUCUACCACAGGUACUACCAUUACCUGUUUUCCCACUACCUGCCUCAGUCUCUACGGACUCUGGUGGAUCAUACUUCCAACUGCGAGGACAUCCUGAUGAACUUCUUGGUCUCAGCUGUAACCCACCUUCCUCCCAUCAAAGUAGCACAGAGGAAACAGUACAAAGAGCUGCCCAGCCCACAGGGUACAAAGAGUGUCCCCUGGGCAAACCCAGAGCACUUUAACCAGCGGCAGGAGUGCGUCAACACCUUUGCCAACUGGUUUGGCUACAUGCCCCUGGUCCACUCUCAGUUUCGCCUGGACCCUGUGCUGUUCAAAGAUCAAGUCUCAGUCCUCCGCAAGAAGUACAAAGACCUGGAGAGGGCAUGAAGUCAACAGAAAAUGUGACGACGCAUGGAGGACCGGCCUAGUAGCCAUUUGGACAGACAAAUGGACCAAUUGGUGAACAGUCAAGAUGUUAUGAGGACAGUUGGUGAUGGGUAAAACUGAUGAGACCAUGGAAAAAGUACAAUCAUCAAACAGACCCUGGUGGUCAGUUCUGCAAACACACUAUGUGAAGCAGAAAGAACAAAGACAAGUUUGCUUCAAAUGGUCCUCCCAUCAUCAUAAGUCUGGAAAGAUGAGCAAAACUGAGGAGGAACUUUUAAGGAAUCACAGCAUUCUGACUUUUCACUGAGACACUGCUAUUGAAAAGUAAGAGAACAUCUGUGAAAACAUUUCAGUGCAUAUUCCCGUGAAGACAGGAAGGCCAUGUUGUGCAAAAAGCAGCCAAAUGGACUGUUUGUUGGUGCCAUGCACUCUGGCUGCCCAUGUCCUCUACUGGUCAAGGGCUGCUGCCAAGAAAAUUAUUCACAUGAAAAUGUAAAAUAAAUUUCUAAAUGCAAA